CUGCCGGCUCGCUUCUUCACUCACCAUGUCCUCCUCCGCCACACAACCUGUCCCCAUCGCUUCCUCCUCCAACGGCAGGACGUCUGGAAAGCCAUGGAAGGCACCAAAGGCACCCACAGCGCGCUCCCAUCUCCAGCCCGCUCUCAAGACAAAAUCAUGGGCUGACCGCAUGGAAAAGACCACAAAAUUCCUCGCCAUAAAAAAACUGCAGGCGGAGCUCAAGGACGAAAAGCAGGCCGAGGUCACACGGAGACGGGAGAUAACUGCCGAGCGAAAGAAGGCUGCAGAGGAGCGUCAGCUGGCUGAAGAGAUGAAGGCAAAACUCGGGGCUCGCCACGCCGCUAGACUGAAGCGCAAGGCAGGUCGCUCAAAAAAGAUUAACCAGUGACCUUGUCCUCGUCCACGAUUCCCGGCUUUCCCAUGCUCCUUUUUGCCCCGCUUCCGUCUUUUUACGCUCCUGUCGCGACUUUUAUGGAAGUAUUCGCUAGUCUGUCCGAAUUCUGGGUGCGUACACCUAUGCUCGCUAUAUUUACACGACGCGCUAUCGACGACAAUAUUUACACGCUUUGGUAACCGAACCGAGACCCGACAUGAUGUGACUGCUCUGCGAAUGCGGCGCUGCGCCACAAAACCACAUAGUAGAUAUGUCCCUGUCUACAUGCCUUCCAGAAUAUCUAUUGUCUCUGCAAGUGAUGC